CUGUCUCUCAGCCUUUAUAUAAAAUACAAAACCUCAUCACAGUUUCGUACUCACUCGAGAGUCCAAGAAAGAAGAAAGAAGAAAGAAGAAAGAAUGGAGAAUCUAUUGGGUCUUCUCAGAAUUCAUGUGAAGAGAGGUGUGAACCUCGCCAUCAGAGAUAUCGCAAGCAGCGAUCCUUACAUCGUUUUUCACUUCGGAAACAAGAAGCUGAAAACCCACGUGGUCAAACAAAGUGUAAACCCAGAGUGGAACGAUGAUUUGACUCUUUCUGUGACUGAUCCAAAUCUCCCUGUUAAACUUACGGUUUACGAUAAGGACUUGCUCUCUGCGGAUGAUAAGAUGGGAGAAGCAGAGUUUAGCAUUGCUCCAUAUCUUGAAGCCAUUAAGUUUCGCCAUAAGAUCCAAGGAGGACUUCCCCAUGGAACCAUAAUAAUGAAGAUACAGCCGAACAGACAAAACUGUCUGUCUGAAGAGAGCCACAUUGUGUGGAACCAAGGCAAGCUUGUUCAGAAUAUGUUCAUUAGGCUCCAGAACGUAGAAACCGGAGAGGUUGAGCUACAGCUCGAGUGGAUCGAUGUCCCCGGUUCAAGGGGUAUUUAAGUCACUUCAUGUCAUUCCAAUCCGAUCCUUAUCCCUUGGCAUGUAUGGUUUAAUUAGCCAUUGAAGAAUCUCAAACUGGUUAUGCAAUAAGCUCUCUUUUCUUUUGUUCCUUUGAGUCCAAAAAGUGUGCAAGUCCAUGAGGACUGACUUAGUACGUGUAACAUUUGGAUACUUAGUUAUAUUCCUCUCUCGUUUGCUUGAAUUGGCUACGAUUCAACUAAUCAAACCUCUGUGAACUGUUAAAUU